AUGUAUCCGUUUGGGACGAGUCGGUGGUCAAAGUCUUUGGGGCCGUUCAUUGUGUGCAUAAUAUGGAUAUUAGGGGUGGCGUUGGGUUCAGUCAUUUGGUACAACUCGGUGGCCGAGCCUUUCCAAGUGGCCAAUCAGACCUACUAUGACUGCCGGGAGACGUGGUCGGAGCACUCGGGGCGUAUGUACACCCUGGCCAUUUUCACCAUCACAUUCGCACUUCCACUCUGUAUACUAACGUACGUCUACGGGGCUGUCGGAUACAAAAUGAUCCGGCAUUCAGUGCCAGGAAACGCGGACGCGGCCAGGGAUGAGGCUCAGCACUUGGCCAAAGUCAAAGUAAUCAAAAUGUUGUCGACAAUUGUCAUACUCUUUGCUUUGUGUUGGCUUCCCAUUCAUGUACUGAACCUAUUGAUAUCAUUCAAGAGGGAGUGGUUGGAGGGCCUGUAUGUGACAGAGGCUGGCAAUCAGACUUAUGUGGCACUCAUUAUAUCAGCGCAUUGGCUAUCAAUGAGUAAUUCAUUUGUAAAUCCAGUCAUCUAUUGCUUUAUGAGCGAUAACUUCAGAUGGCUAUAA